CGAUCCUUUCUUCUUCCCGACCCAACGCCAAAAUCCUCCAAACCCCAAACCCUAGCCGCCAGCGACGCAUAUCAUAUCCAGCCAGCAACCGCGGGCGACUCCAAUCGCCUCCCAAGUCCCAACCCUACCCUAAACCCGCCGCCGCCAUGUCGUCCGCGCUGGUGCAGCAUGAGAAGAAAAAGGCGCACGCGGUGCCGCGUGAGACGGUGGCCGGCGCCGUGGCGCCCCUGACCAAGUGGAUGCGGGCGCGCGCGGCGGAGGCGGCCCCGAACCUGCUCACCGACGAGCGGGACGACCUCGUCGUCCUCCAGCUCUCGCUCCGCCGCGUCCCGGCCAAGCCCACCACCAAGCCGCACCUCCUCCCGCUGCCGCACCCCGUCGUCGCCCACUCGUCCGCCUCCAUCUGCGUCCUCUCCGACGACCGCGCGGGGUCCGGCAACCCCGCCGCUUCCGCCAUCCUCGACGCCGCCCGCUACCUCAACCUCCCCGUCUCCGAGGUCAUCCCCUUCUCCGCCCUGCGCACCGACUACCGCGCCUUCGAGUCGCGCCGCCGCUUCGCCGCCUCCUAUGACCUCUUCCUGGCCGACCGCGCGCUCCUCCCAAUGCUGCCCCGCAUCCUCGGCAAGGCCUUCUACUCCACUAAGAAGGCUCCCAUUGCAGUCAACCUUGCCCGUGCAGGGUGGCCGGAGCAGGUCAGCAAGGUGCUGAACUCCACCUUUUUGUACCUGCGGACGGGGACCUGCUCAGGCAUCAAGGUGGGUAGGCUGGACAUGGAGGAAACGGAGAUUGUGGAUAAUGUGAUUGCGGCAGUGGAGGCUGCUGUGGAAAAGGUGCCCAAGAAGUGGGCCAAUGUGAGGGCUCUGCAUCUGAAGGCAGUGGAUUCGGUUGCACUGCCAAUAUACCAGGCUGUGCCGGAGAUCGGUAUGAAGAUAGAGGUUCCGGUCGGGCAGUUGGAAGGAGUUGGCUCUGGGGAGGUCAUCGAUGCUGCAGAAGUGGAGACUGGGAGGAAGAGGAAGGACAAGAAGAUGAAGGCACUGAAAAAUGCGGAUGCCAAUGAUGGAGCUGAAGUUGUGAAGGAGGAGACUGUGAAAUACAAGCGGAAGAGGAAUAAGAAGGAACAGUCUGGGGAUGUUGUGAUGGAAGGAGUCCAAAGGCCAACAGAGAAGAGGAGUAAGAGGGAAAGUGUGCCUCCUGUAGAUGUUUCUGCUGAUGAGGGGCUGAAGGUCUUGAAGAAGGGUAAGGAGAAGAAGCGUGCAUUGGAGAAGGAGGUGGAGGAUGCCAGUUUGGAAGAAGGGAAGGGCAAGAAGAGUGAGCAUGCAUUGAAGGAAGUUGGCAGCAAGAAAAGGAGAUGCAAGGAAGGUUGCAACCAUGCACAUGACAAGGAAGAGAAGAAGAGCAAGGGGAAGAAAUCAAGUGGUGAUAAGAUGAAGAAAAGAACCAGGGCAAGGGUCUGAGGUUGCAUUUUUCAUUUCUGAUGGAUAUGCAUGUAUCAGUUGAUUGCCAUUGUCUGGAGACAGGCUGCAUGUUCAAUGCCUCAAUAUCUGUGGUUAAUCUGAUUUUCAUGAGCAGGGAGAAGCAAUCAUCGACAAAAUCUAUUUCCUGUAUUAGUAGGCUUCUCUUGAAACUUGAUAUUAUACUGCUUAGUGUUAUACAUUGCUGCCUUGGAGGCAGUUCUGAAGUUUUUCUUCAAAUUUUGGUAGCUUGAGCCUUUAGGUUAAGAAACUGGUGCAUUUUUUUUCCCUGCUAGUACCUUUUGUGUUGUUGUUCUCCAUCUGGCACUAUGUGUGUUUUUGUGUGUUAAUCUGAGAAUUUGCGAAGGUGCUCUUACCUCUC